ACUUCACCGCCGGACCAAAAUCCUGCUGCCAGCCCAUGUCCAUUGCAGAAAUCUUCGUCACCAGCAAGUCACGCAAGAUCUGAGACGAGUGUGCAGAUCAUGACCUGCAGCGCUAUUCCAUCGCUUGCGUGAGUAGCGCCGCCGUGGGGUGCAUGAGCUUUGAGCCUCCUUGCCACUUCAGGCUAUCAAACCCGGAAUUUUGAGUGAAAAAAGCUCACUUGUACUACAUCUUGUGAUCAGUGAGCCACGCCCUGGACCUGGAACGCGCUUCACCACAACACGGCCAGACCUUGGAACGCGUGCACCGCAGAACCCAUUGUCCUUGACCGCCUCUUUCCCACGCCCGCACAAGCUGGGAGCAAGCGGAAAAAAGUACAGAUCUGCGCCCACCACACCUGCUGUACAAGCAUAGCUUCCAGCCUCCUACCGUCCCGAGAGCUCUCGCAAAUAGCCAAUCUCACCAACCAGAUCAAGUUACCGCUCUUCUCGUGCUUCUUCAGAAACAUGCCGAAGCCGAAGCGCAACGUCCAAGCUGUAGCUGAGGAGACAUUGACCCCGCCAGCCAGCCUGUCAGACACGCAGAAAAUCGCGCGUGUCAAAAGUGCCGCUGGCAACAAUCUGUACAACCUAGAACUAGCUUCCGGUGAGGCACUUUUGGCCGAGCUCGAUGCCAAAUUUCGCUCCACCAUCUGGAUGAAGCGUGGAGGCUAUGUACUUGUCGAUACCGGAGCUCUAGCCGAGCGUGGGAACAAGCUCGGAGGAGAGAUUGUCAACAUUGUUGGUGAUGAAAAGGCAUGGCGGAAGAUGUCCUACUGGCCAAAGGAGUUUGUAGCGAAGCAAGCGAGCUAUGCUGCGGACUCGGAUGAAGAUGAUGACCAAGGACCACAGAUGCCGCCCUCGGACUCCGAAGACGAAGAUUGA